AUUGACACUUGUUUCACCUUUGUUUGGUGAUUUGCGUACACAAGCACUUGUCAAAUGCUUAACUUUAUUGCUUCAAACAAUAUGCUUUCUUUUCCUUUGUUCCAUCGCACCAGCCAGUGGAUUUGGCGGCUCAAAACCAAAACUCUACACCUUCUAUGAAUUCAUGUUUACUUUGACUUUUCUCUCAAUCCUGGUACUUAUUAAAGUUCUUUUCAAUAUCAGACACUUUAAGGUAACAACUGUUUGUUUGGCACUCAGUCGUAUGAAAAGGACUGUGCCAGCUACACAUAGUGUCUAUCUAGGCGCAAAGAUGCUCAACCACUUCUUGUGUUGCAUCGAACCAGAUCCUGCUACAUCAUAUCAGCGACAUUUAGAGGACGAUACAACAAGCACUCGAGACAUGCCAAAUCAUGGACAAGCAUUACAAAACGAUUAUUCAAUGGAAUGGCGACACAUUUACAUUGCCAUCAACAAUCUUUUCUCGGGUCUGUGCUUCUCACUUUUCUGUUUUAUCGUCAUUUUUGAUAUAAUGUGAGAGAAAAAUUGGAACACCCUUGAUCUCAAGAAAUGCCAAACUCAAUAUCAUAUCACAAUUAAAAAGGCUUUGUAGAUACCUUCUAUAUUAUUUUGAAGAUUUUUAAGACCAACUUUAAGUCAAUGUUUAAUUUUACCAAAUAUAAUGAUAUAAUAAUAGAUAAUUGUUUAGGCACCACUGAAGAUUAGAGCGCGUUUUAUUAAAAAAUCGUCCAAAAAUAAUGCUCCAAUCAUGAGUAGUGCCAUUAUUUAGAAACAGUUUAAGUGAGAAAUUAAAAAUAUUAUGAAAAUAAUAAAUUAUGA